UCGGUUACCCAAACAGGCACACUGUGAGUGGGUCGAGACAAGGCAUUGGAUACGGAGCAGCAAUAUACUACUCCCCCCUUGAUUGUGCCCUGCCCAAAGUGUGAAAGUGGCAGCAGCUACCAGCGUGCGGCUGCGGCAGCUGAGCUGAAAGCUGGAACAGGUGCCGGUGGUCAAGGAAGCAGAGCCACCUUCCCGUUCUCGCUCGUCUUGGGGUCGUUCCUGAGGAGAUUUCAAGAUCUUGCUCACCUGGCCGCAUUGCGAGCGAACCGGAUGCGAAACUGACCUCCGGGGAUGGAGGAAUCGAGGCCGCGGAGGGCGCCGGCGAGGGUCCGGGCCGUGCCGAUCGCCGUCACGCCGGAGGGAUUCUGGUGCUGCCCCUCGCCGGCGGCCCUGCACAAGAGCCUCAAGAACCCGCACCACCACCAUCACAGCACCGGCAACAACAGCAGCAAGCAGCAGCAGCGCAAGAUCCCGUCAGCGCCCCCGUCCGUGGCGCCCUCCUCCGUGCAGAACGCGCCAUCCGUAACCGGCGAAUCGGCGCGCCGCGAAGCUCCCGACGAGCAGGAAACGGCGGCGGCCGAGGUGGCGGCGGAUAAGCGGGAGGAGAAGACUGGCGACGUGGGAGGCGAGGCCCAGCAGCACAUGAUCUGCGUUGGAUUUGGGCAGCCUGAGACGAGUGACCUGACGGUGAUGCUCUACGGGAAGGAAGGGAUUGCCGUCAGGAUGAGUGUGCACAGGGAUGUGCUCUGCGAAAGCAGCACAUUCUUUGCUGAGAAGCUCUCGGAGGAUGGUCAUGGUGGCUCUCCGGUGCGCUGCGUGGAGAUCCAUGACUGUGAUGAUGCAGAGAUCUAUGUGGAGACCGUCGGGCUGAUGUACUGCGAUGAGGCGAAGCACAAGCUGCUCAAGCAGAAUGUGUCUCGUGUGCUCCGCAUCAUGAAGGUUGCUGAAUCACUAGGUUUCCAUGCCUGCGUCAAGUCAUGCUUGGAUUAUUUGGAAGCAGUUCCUUGGGUAGGCGAGGAAGAAGAUAGCGUUGUGUCGUCAAUACGACAUCUGCAGAGCAAAGCCUAUGGAGUUAGCCCUUUACUGAAAAGGGUUACUUCUGACAGUGUGUACUCACCAACCGAUACUUUAUCUAACAUUAUGGAGAUGGUCUUGAAGAGCAACGACGACAGGGGGCGUCGUGAGAUGAAAGCCUUAGUUCUGAAUCUUCUCAAGGACAGCAGCCGUUGCACGUAUGGGACUUCAGACAUCUGUUCUGAAUUAUUUUACAGUUCAUGUCGGUGUUGCUUACAGAGACUUCAGCUGCUCUUUGCAGAAGCAUCUGAAGCAGAUUUCCCUUCUCAAGUUACACGGCAAAUAACUCUGGAGACCGAUAAUCUCCUCUGGUUGGUCGAGAUAUUGGUUAACCACCGAAUUUGUGAUGAUUUCGUGGUCAUGUGGGCAAACCAAAGUGAGCUUGCCUCAUUACAUGAAAAAUUGCCUGUUGCGUCUCGCCACACAGUUAGCUCUAUCACAGCAAGGCUUUUUGUUGGCAUUGGAAGAGGAGAAAUGCUUCCGUCCAAGGACACUCGUCUUCUUCUCCUGCAAGUCUGGCUGCAGGCACUCAUCGAUGACUACUCAUGGCUACAAUGCAGCUGCCGGUCAUUUGAUAGGAAGCUCGUUGAGGAAGGGAUUGGGCAGACAAUCCUGACACUUCCUUUGGAAGACCAGCGGUCUAUACUACUGUCAUGGCUUGGGAGGUUCUUGAAAUUAGGCGAUAACUGUCCGAAUUUACAGAGGGCGUUUGAAGUAUGGUGGAGAAGGACUUUCGUCAGGCCUUAUGUCAGUCAGACAAGGUAACGUGCUAUGAUCAAACACAAAUUCAUCUUGAAAUCAUAGGGAAGAGUAGUGAUUGACAGAUUGUGCCCAUAAAUUCUUUCGGAGAUUGCCGUGGUCAAUCUGAUAGUGGACUACCUGAAACCCGGUGAGAAUCUAGGUGGCUAGCUUUUUUCUUAUCAUGUAAAUGUCGAUGGCACCAGAAAUUUGUAUGAGUGCACAUUUGGCCUAUGUGUAAAGCUGUAUGGUUUUCCACUAGUUAUUAUAAGAAAACCUCGACCAA